AUGGCAGCAGUGCAGUCACGGCUGGCCACAGCGCCGCACCGCUCACGCGGAGCACUCGUGCUGGUGCUGCUGGUGCUGGCGCUGGGCCAUAAGCGUCUGCUCGGUCUGCGGCGCCUGCGCGGGCACUGGGCUCGUCUGCGUUGGCAGCGCCAGCAUGUCGAUCCCAUGACGUUGGACGAGGGCCUGGAGCAGCUGUACUACCCGACAGAGAGCGGCAACGGCACCAUCAAGCUGCUCAUACCUGACCGCGGCCGUCUGACUGCAGCGCAUGUCACGCCGACAAACCCUGCGACGUUUGUGAGGGACUACGAGUCCUUUUCCCUGCCGCCGCCCGUGAGCAAAAAGGCGGCCAAGGCGCGCCUCGGCAUCCUGAGUCCAUGGGGAAGUAUCACGCGCGAAAACGCCCAGGACGUCCGCGAGAACGAGAGCACGAUCGCGCCCGAGGCCGGCGAGAGUAUGUCGAGUGCGAGUGCGAUGUGUGUCGGCGUCAAUCGCGAGUUCCUCCGGCAGCUCCGCGCCCUCUUCCGCAUCAUCUUCCCGAGCCUGCGCUCGAAGGAGACGUACCUGUUCUUGCUGCACAGCAUGUUCCUCGUGCUGCGCACCUACCUGAGUCUACUGGUCGCUCGCUUGGACGGAUACAUCGUCAAGACGCUGAUCUCAGCAGACCGCUGGGGAUUCCUGCGUGGCCUGGGGCUGUGGUUCGCGCUUGCGGUGCCGUCGACCUACACGAACUCGAUGAUCCGCUUCCUGCAGUCCAAGCUGUCGAUCUCGUUCCGGACGCGACUCACGCGCUACGUGCACGACCUGUACCUGAACCAGCACCAAAACUUCUACCGCGUCACGAAUCUCGACAACCGACUCGAUGCGGUGAGCCAGUAUAUCACGCACGACAUUGUGCAGUUCUGUGACGUGCUCUCGGAGCUGUACUCGAACAUAUCCAAGCCCCUGCUUGACAUGCUGAUCUUUGUGUGGCAGAUCGGCCAGAACCUGGGUCUCGGCGGUGUAUCAGGCACGAUGCUCGGCUACUUGCUGUCCUCGCACGUACUGCGCGCCGUGUCGCCACCUUUCGGCAAACUCGCCGCGCUCGAGGCCAAGCUCGAGGGCAACUUUUACAAUGCACACAGCCGCCUCAUUAUCAACGCCGAGGAAGUGGCCUUCUACAACGGCGCAUCUACCGAAGAAGGGAUCCUGCGGCGCUCGUACCGCGACCUGGUCCGCCAUAUCCGCUCCAUCCUCCAGGCCCGUGUGGGCUACAACUCGGUCGAAGACUUUGUGCUCAAGUACUCGUGGUCCGCAUUUGGCUACUUGCUCAUGGCUGUCCCUGCCUUCCGUGCACAGGCCAAGAGCCGUGGCGGCCAGGCCAACUCGGACCCACACAUCGUCAAGCAGACCGAGAGCUACAUCUCCAACAGGCGCAUCCUGCUCGCGAUUGCCGACGCAGGGAGUCGCCUCAUGUACAGCUACAAGGGUAUCGCUACCCUCGCCGGCCAGACAUCGCGUGUGUACUCGCUCAUAUCGUCGCUGCAUCUGCUGCAGCACGAUGAUUACCAAAGUGUGCCGCGCCCCGCCGACCUGCCGGCCGACAUGCCCUUCUACGACUUGGGCCACCUGCGCGGCCAGCUGAUCGAGGACAAGGACCAUAUCAAGUUCACGAACGUGCCCAUCGUUACGCCUGCGCCAGGCCAGGAGCGUGGCGGCGAGCCACUGCUGCACAGUCUCCGCGUCCACAUCAAGCCCGGUGACCACAUGAUGGUCACGGGCUCGAACGGUGUGGGCAAGACGGCUGUGGCACGUAUCCUCGCGGGUCUGUGGCCGCUCUUUGACGGUGUGCUCGAGAAACCCCAUCAUGACAGCAUCAUGUUCCUGCCGCAGCGUCCGUACCUCAACACGGGCAGCCUGCGUGAACAGGUCAUUUACCCGGCAUCGUACCAGCAGCACCUCGAGUCCGGGCGCACGGACGAGGAUCUCAUGGAGAUUCUGCGCCGCGUGCACCUGGCCUACCUCCCUGACCGGGAAGGCGGUUGGACCACGCGCAAGGAGUGGAAGGAUGUGCUCUCGGGCGGCGAGAAACAGCGCAUGGGCAUGGCGCGUCUCUUCUACCACCACCCAUCCUUCGCGGUGUUGGACGAGUGCACAUCAGCCGUCUCGACGGACGUCGAGGGCUUGAUGUACGCGCACGCUAAGGACAUGGGCAUCACUCUCAUUACCAUCUCGCACCGUCCGAGUCUGUUCAAGUACCACCAGCUGCUCCUCGAUAUGAAGGGCGACGACAAGUAUGAAGUCAUCAAUCUGGCUGGAGAUGAGCAGAAGCUCACGAUCGAGCAAGAGCUCACGGAUCUCCGCUCCAAACUCGAGCAGGUCCAGGCCUGGAAGCAGCGCUUGCAUGCCAUCCACCAGGAGCUCUCGUUCAGCCAUUCGUAG